UUUAGUUGCAAUAUAAUCUUAAGCUUGCAACUAUGUCUAAGUUGUGCCUCUUUUUAGCAAUAUUUGGAUUGUCUCAAAUCCAAAAUGCGGUUUCAUACGAUUAUGGAGCUGCCCUAACUAAAUCAUUGUUGUUCUAUGAAGCACAAAGGUCAGGGAAGUUGCCUUCUAACCAGAGACUCAAGUGGAGAGGAGAUUCUGGACUUAGCGAUGGCAACGCCGCUGGGGUGAAUCUGGUGGGCGGAUACUACGACGCCGGAGACAACGUGAAAUUUGGGUUUCCGAUGGCAUACACGGUGACGAUGCUGGCGUGGAGCGCCGUGGAAUUCGGGCCGCAUCUGGGGGCCCGACAUGAGCUAUCAAACGCUCUCGCGGCUAUCAAAUGGGGCACUGAUUAUCUGAUGAAGGCCCAUCCGCAGCCCGACGUUUUGUACGGCGAGGUCGGAGACGGCGGCUCCGACCACUCCUGCUGGCAGAGGCCCGAGGACAUGACCACGCCCAGGACUGUCUACAAGAUUGAUGAUCAGCACCCGGGAUCCGACCUUGCCGGAGAAACCGCCGCCGCUCUGGCCGCUGCCGCCCUCGCUUUCCGCCACUCCAAUCCCGGAUAUUCGUCUCAGCUCAUCACCCAUGCAAAACAAUUAUUUGAGUUCGCUACGAAACACACCGGUGUAUACCAAAAUAGCAUUCCUGCAGCGGGUCAGUUCUAUUCAAGCAGUGGCUACGAGGACGAACUUUUGUGGGCUGCCGCGUGGCUAAGAGAAGCAACCAAGGAUGAAAGGUACCUUGAGUUCAUCAAAUCCGCUAAUUCAGGUGGCACCAGAAGAAUGUUUUCCUGGGACGACAAAUAUGCCGGAGCUCAACUCCUUAUUGCAAAGGGAAUAUUAGAGGGAAAAUUGCCAAGAAAUGGGAAUUUGGAGCAGUACAAGAAGGAGGCAGAGGAAUUCGUAUGCAACUGCAUCCAGAGAGGGAACAACAAUGUGCAGAGGAGCAACGGAGGCCUUCUGUGGUUCCUCCCAUGGAGCAAUCUGCAGUAUGUGACCAGCGCCUCAUUUCUAAUCACAACCUACGCCGACAUUCUCUCCAAGACCAACACCACCAUCCAAUGCUCCGGCGGCGCCGCUGGACCCGGCGAGCUGCUCGCCUUCGCUAGAUCUCAGGUGGACUACAUCCUGGGUUCGAAUCCCAAAAGGAUGAGCUACAUGGUCGGGUACGGGUCCAACUACCCGAGACGGGUGCACCAUCGAGGGGCAUCCAUCGUGUCGAUCAAGCAGAGCCCAAGGGCCGUCGGGUGCCAAGAAGGUUUCGGUGAGUGGUUCCACAAGGACGGCGACAACCCUAACGUGUUGGAAGGGGCGAUCGUUGGUGGGCCCGAUCAGAGCGACCAGUACACAGAUUCCAGAGAGAAUUAUCAGCAAGCUGAGCCGGCGACUGCCAACAAUGCGCCUCUUGUUGGUGUCUUGGCAAGGCUUGCUUCUUAAUUACAUUAUUAUACCAUAUUGCUUUCCAUUAUAUAUAUCCAAAUUAUCUCUAGUAUAAGCUAGCUACUGCUUCAUUUAAUCAGAGUCUUAUCAUUUCAA